AUGAAGAGUGUAGAAAGAAAUUCCGCUAACGAGUAUCUGUUCAUGUUGGAGUACGGACAAGGAAAAAGCUUUGCGAUGCAGACUCCUGCACAAAGUGUAUCCAGGACGCACGAAAGAAACCGAACGAAAGAGCCAAAGAAGACGUCUGCUUUUGUAUUCAGCCAGGAGAACCGUCUGAGAGGGAAGCCGCGUAAUCAGCUGCAACAAGAUCGCAAGGACGAAUGGACAUUAAGAUCAAAUGAGUUUGAAAAGACACAGGAGGACAAGAACCCGAGGAAAGCCUAUGCUUUACUAUAA